AUGCCGGCGCCCACGACCCUCCGCGUCAAGAGGAAGCGCGACGAUGCCCCCGUCGACGCCCUGCUGGUCAAGCGACAGAAGGCCCUGGAAGCAGACCCCAAGGCCUUGCGCCAGAAGUUCUACUUCCGCCGCCUCACGAGACCAAACGAUGCGCCGGCCACGCCCGCGUCGCCCACACCGGCUUCGGAGCGACGCUUCCACCUCGACGCAUCUGCAGGGAACCGUACCAACCAUGUCUUCAUAGAAGCACGACCAGCCGCGCCGGGCCAGCCAGACAGCGUCGACGGGCAGCUGCAGGUCCCCGUACCAGAGCCAGCGCACCCAGCAACCCCGCGACCCAGGAAGCGACCGGGCACAAAGAGUGCAUUGCCUCGAACCCCAGCCACUGCCAUACAGCAAAAGUCUAUCCUCACCUCCCCAUCCGCCCAAGACCUCCGCGAACUUGAAGCCCUCUCUGAACAGCUUGGCUCGCCUACAAAAAAUGCAACCUCGCCCUCCAAGUACAAGCCCAAAGCCCCCGCCCGCCGCUUCGCAGAACGCCAUCCCGAACAAGCCCCACAGCAUGGCGAUGCAAUGGAACUCGACACCGAUGAAUACGUCUACGACACGUACGUCCGCGAGGCCAUAAUGCCCGAUGCUCCCGAGCCCUCAGGUACUGUAGGCUUCCUGGUCAUCAACGAAGCCGAUGAAGAGUUUUGGUACGGCGACGAUGAGAGUGACAGGGAAUUCGACACGGACGACGAGGAUGAAAAUGCCGAGGACUACUACGCGAACGACUACCCCGAGGAUGAGAUGAGCGAGGACGACGAGUUUGGGAGAGACCUGUACCAGAAGAAAUACCGCAUUGGCAGCGACGAAGAAGACUACAACCCCGACGACGAUGACGAUGCCGCGAUUGGGAGCGGUGAAGACGAGGAUGAUUUGCACUACAAAAUGACCGUCCCCAAGGCGCAGAGAGUAGGGUAUUGGGGGACGUACGGAGAAAAGUGA